CCGUUGAUGGAAUCAUGCAGUUAAAUGAAAACGAGAAAAGAACUGUAGACGAUGAAAGAAGUUUGGGUGAACUUCCAAAAACAGCUUCUGAAGAAAAGGAAUCGUUGCUAUAUCUACUAAAUGAUAAUGACAGUGAUGCUGAUAUUGGUAUAACGUCUUCUACAUCAGGACCUAAAUUGCUGUCUCAACCAUGGAAAUGUUAUGAUAAAUCAAUAAUGCACCAGCAAAAGUUCAGAAUGAUGGAAGAAUAUGGGCAGAAAUAUCCAAGAAAAGUUAAACUUGUGAAUGGUGUAAAGGUUAUUUGUUCUGAAGAGUUUUUGCUUGGUAAAGGAAGUGAUGGAACUCGUGUUUACCUUGGACUCGGAACAGAUGGUUACGGAAAAGCAGUAAAACGAUUGCUUCGAGGAUAA